AUGUACCCUAUAUCUAUUUCGGCCCCUUCUAUCUCUCUCAGUCCCUUCUAUCUCUCUCAGUCCGUCUCACCCUCACUCUCCAAAAAAUCAAACACAGCUCCUCCGUCGAGUCCGUCAAUUUCAACACCGCUCAUUUGUCCAGUUCAAAGGCAUUCCUCCGGCGACACACACAGAGAUACAGGAGGCCCACAUUAUGGAUUGGUUGAGGACACACUAAGAACUGGGGGAUCUGGACACCCCAAAGAAGUUUUACCUAAUGAGUUGUAUAGUCAAUUGGCUAUCUACAUUGCAGCUGCUCAUGCUUUGAAACCAAAUUACAAUAUGCCUAAUCUGAUGCUUGAUGAUGAUGCAUUUUUGGCAUCUGUGGAAACUCAACCACACUCCCCAUUUGGUGUACUCGCUCCAAAUGAAUCAUUUGCAACCUACCAACACCAUGAGACAUGUAGUGGAAAUAUGCAAUCAAGUGGCUCAACUUCUUUGUCAGCCACAACUCGAAAGAAGAAUAUGGGAGUUAACAGGAUACGGUGGGGCAGAGGGAGGCGUGAAAACCUGAACUUCAACAGAUUCGGUCAAGCUUUUUCUCCUCGUGACAAUGUGGCCAGAUUUGGCCGCUACAUAGCCAUGUUGGCUCGUGAUGGUGGAUUGAUCCUAAUUGAUUCACUUGAUUGGCGCAAAAUAGAUUCUUCGAAACUUGAUCGAGUGUGGUUGUUGGUCCAGGCCACUAUAGAAUGGACAAAUUCAAGAGCUGCUGGCAAUGAGGAGAAAGUCAGGGGUAUUGUGGAAACGAAAAUACAUGAUCGUUUCAGGACAUGGAGGGCUAAACUCUGUAAGUUGUAUUAUGUUCCCUUUGAGAAUUCCGAGCAGAGGAAGCAUUGCGAUGAUGCUAGGGUAAUCCAAACACAAUGGCAAGCCUUGGUAGCUCAUUGGGAUAAAAUGGAAAAUAAGCGGAGAUGUGCAACUAAUGCCAAGAAUCAAAGAAUGUUAAAGACGAGUCACACAACUGGGUCAACAACUUUUAUUCAAAUACAGAAUGAUUAUGAUGAAGAACAUGAUGGAUGUGAACCUGAUUGUGUGACCUUUUUCAGAAUGACACACACAAGAGGACCUAAGCAACUUCCAGAGCAUGCUGAAUCUGCUAGAAUGAUGUUGGCGUUUGAAAAUCUGGAAGUGGAGGUUUGUGAGUGUGGUGAAGGGGUAACAACAGAGGUUCGCAAUAGGAUUUAUGCCGAAGUGCUGGGGCCAGAGAAGCGAAAUCAAGUGCGUGGCUUUGGCCUUGGAGUUGGUUAGGCAGAUGUACUAGGAAUUGUUACUGAGUAGUGAGGUCUUUCUAGGGAAGUGAAGUAUCUUCGGGAAGCUUAUGAAGCUCAGAAACAUGAGGCAAAUGAGAAAGUGGAAAAGAUGAAAAAAGAGUCAGAAGAAAGCAUACAAAGGCUUAGGGCCGAACAAGAGGAGAAUUUAAGGUUAGCAAAGGUGCAAAUGGCUGAGCAAUUGAAAUUCAUGUUGGCACAUGUAGGCAACAACAUUGGUUCAUUUGGAGUGGGUGCUCUACAAAGUACUUUAACUCAGCAACAAGGGUAUGGAAGCUCACACGGUCAGAUUUCGCUUUUCGAAGGUGGAAAUGACAAGAAUGUGCAGUGUGGACCUCCGGUUUCUAGUGCUAUGAUGCAUGAGGAUUGCCAAAGUGAGAAUACUGGUUAGUUGUCAUCAAGCAGACCUUGUAAAUGAGUAUUUUGUUUAUAUAUUGCUAGUUUAACCAUUAGUACGUUUAAAUUGGGGAUACAAGCUUGGAUAUGUUGUAUUUUGUUGUAUAUAGAGAAUCCCGGGUAUGUCCAGCAUAGGAUAACAUGUAUUUUUUGGUUUAACAUUUGGAUGGGUUGUAUUGUUAGGUUGGAUGAAUCGGUCUUAGCCAAGAACAUGAGUUAUGUAAUAUAUUAACUUCACUAUUUUAGUGCUAAUGUUAAUGAAGCUAAUGUUGAUUUA